CUUCCCCCUAGAGAUUCUUCCUUUCAGCGUUGACACCCCUAAGGGGCUGAGAAGAGCGUGGGUCUUCGUUCCGCGCGUUCUGCUUGGGCCGCACGCCGACCUGCUGUGCCACGCUCGAUGCAAGCUGGCCUGCUUUCGCAAGUUCGGAAAACAGGGCAAGCUUGACAUUGAAACCACGCCAGCAUAGACAAGAAGGAGUUAAUGAGAAAGCGACAGCGGCGGUCUCAAGAUGACGGAGCUAAAGAAGCAACACGGAACAGUACGGUAGUCGGGAGCGAGCGACCAGCGCCUUGCAACGCAUUUGUAUCGCCGUUUCCUGAUCGAGUUGUUUGUGUUCUAACCCAACUACUUUCAUAGAACCCCGCUCCCCUACAAACCAGUACUGACUGGAUCCCCCGUUGGCCUGUAAGCGGUCUCACUCGCUGGGUCGGUGCUCCCACAGGCCUUCCUCAAAACACUCUAACUAAUUCUCCUGUCUCUUGUCGCCUUCCACACCUUCGCCGUUUGUCCACUGCCCGCCAAGACAAGCUUGCGUUCGGGUCUUCGUCUUCGUGGCGUCCUCUCUUUCUCAGUGUUUUGCUUUUGUCGUUGUUCCUUUCUCUUCCUCUUAUUUUCCAUCCGCGACGUUUCGUUGUCAGCUGCCUCGGUGUCUCUGCUUGGCCGGGCUUCCCUUGCUAGCGCGACUCGUUGAGGCACAAAUUGUUUCGGUGUCCUCCACUACAUACGGUGCUCCUUGUACCAACCAAUGAAGCUGGACUGCGUGCCGAACCCAAAGUGAUUCUACGUAGAUGGUGAAUGCGUGUGAAACACUAUGGACCCCCGGGCACCGUCGAGCCGAGAGGGGUUCCCCCCCCUCGCUUCACUUCCAUCGCCGUCUCGCAGUGCUGCUGCUCCGUACUCUUCUUCGGCGUCACACGGUCUCACAGUGGCGCCUAGACCGACACGGGAAAGUGACCGGAGAAAUGUGACGCAAAAUCAGGGGGGUCGAACACCGUCAGUUCGCACCUUUCCUCCGCCGUCGUCUCAUCCGACAGAAACACGAUCAUCCCAGACGAACUCAAUUCUUAGGACAUCAACCACGCGGAGAAAAGACCGAGGACGCUGGAAACGCAACAGAAGCUCACCUUCUCGCUUUUCUCAUUUCGUAGUCUCGAGCCUCACAGCUGUUGCAGCCUGCAUAGUUUUCCUAAAGUUGUUUUACCAUGCCUGCGUUGUCGGCACUCGCAGACAGACUGUUUCACCUUCCUCCAUUUCCGCUAUGCGGCUGCCCACACAAGUUUCUUUUUCCUCUUUUCAUUCGCAUAAUUCGUUUCCUCUUCCGUCAGUCGCUAGUUCUCUCUUGUCGGGGCGGAUGCACCGAAGGCUCGCAGAGACACCCAGAAAGGGCUCCCCUCAGAACGAGCCAGAGAUCUGUCAGACACAAGACGAAUCCGUGGGCGAAAGCAACAGCAGCCAAGAAGGAGAGAGGAGAAGUGAAGACACGUUGACAAGCGAAACAGGAGGAACAGGGAAGGGUGGCACUUCGAGCGCUAGACCUGGAAGAAGCAAACCCGUGCAUGAAACAGGAGAAGACGAGGCGCAAGACGAGGACACACUGGAACCGCAUCACGGACAGGACGACGAGGAAGUUCGAAUGAUGACCGAAGGAGGAAUGACGCAGUCUGCGGAACUGGAGAAAAGCGAUUACAAUAAUAUCAGUGAAGAAGACAUGGAUGCCCUCCUCCGUGAGCCAGAGCUUAUCCCUACACCCGACCACCUCGUCGACUUUUAUAAGUUUUACUCAAAGCUUUUUCAGCGGUUGUCGAAUGAUGCAUUGAGUCGGUUCUGGAACACAAGAAGGGCAGUUUCGGCGCCGAAAGUGAAUACAAUGUUACGCAAGCUCGCGGCGGCCGUGUAUACCGCUCGCCAGUUCAAAGCGGUGCGAAAAGUACUGCCGCCAUGUUCCGCAGCCGGCCUCGAAACGGCAGUCGCAAAGGAUGCAGCUGCUCUUGAGGAGUUUGUUCGAGGAACACUUUUGAAGUUCUUUGGAGAAGAAAUUAAGUCUUGCGUGGACGCUCUUCAAUCAGAGCUUUUUUUCACGGCCUUCGCGGCGUCCAGGGGAGUCCAUGGAUUGCCUCGACAAAUCAACAGAUUCAGAGUGACUGAUUUCGAAGUAACAAACGCAUACCAUCAACGAUUGAUGAAUCAUGCUUCUGAACUCGCUCUGAGACUGUCGGGACGGCGACCCGUCGGUGACUGGGCCGCCCUCCUCAAGCGACGGCCAGACAUUAGCCAAGGCCUACCUGAGACGUCUCAACUGAAAUUGAUUAUAGCAGCAGACGCAACGGAAUCCAAGUUUGCAUCGCGGUUUCCUCUAGAGCUUUUCACGAUUCUGUCGAAGGGCGGCGGUAGUUCUUCCCCCCCUCAAGAAAGUAUCAACAACCCUGUAACGCCCUUAUUUUCAGACGUUAUCCAAAUUUCAGAUCUCUCCCCCGACUUCUUGAACUCAUUCCUCACACAUGUACUCAACCGGAGGAGUCGGGCGAUUAGGCACGCUCGUCGCUACAUGCGAUUGAAAAGCAAUUACAAGGCGAUGAAUUGGCUUCUUUGCUCGAUGACUACCGGGAUUCAGCUUUUGUCAGAAUCAUUAAUUGUUCGCUCGCUUGAUGUAGCGGACUCCUCGAAGCGGCUACGGGCGGAAAAGCGGAUGCGGAAAGUACUGAACAAUUCGUGGCUAAUUUUCGGUGUAAAUCCUCACGACAUAAGACGAUUGGAAGAGAUUCUUGCGACACACGCCUCUGAGAAGACGUUAGACCUCAGGCAACAGCUUGCAGCAGAAGGUGGUGCUGCUGGAGAUGUACGAGAUGUGCUCGCCUACAUGGUGCAAGAUGCUAUCGAAGCGGUGAGAAAGUUGGACCUUCUCGGCUUGCUGCAGGACGCGUCGCACGCGGAGAACAUCCUGGAGGGGACGUCCCGCGCAAGCACUGGAACCAGUGCUCUGUUGACUGUUUUACGUGACUACGAACAAGAUGGACGGGAAGACAGCAAGGACACAUCAGAGGUACCGGGCCAGGGGAGCACCGCCGAGCAAAGCGAGAAGGCACUUACGCCCCCAGAAGGAAGUACGCUGAUCCAAAUGCUCAAACGAAGACGACCUGUACGAGAAGCUCGUGAAGAAGAGGUCGAAGACGGUGAUUCGGUCGGAACGCACGAUGGUUUGGACAAGCAGCUUGGCGAGGAACCACGCAAAAAAGCUCGAAUAGAUACGGCCGUAGUGAGCGAAAAGAAAGACACCGGCACACCGGCCAGUCACACCGAAAGCGCCGCCGCAAUGGACUUACUCGAGGCGGAAGCGAACCUGGAGGAUGAUGAUGGAUACAUAGAGUUUCCAGGAGACUGGAUGCCUGUGUCGGCGGAUUCUGCCGACGAAGACACUGCUGAACCACUUGGGUUGGCAGCGUCCCAGACAACCGUGACGCUUCCUGGUUCUCCCGUGCCCGAUGGCGCUAACCUCUUCGAUGAGCUCUUCGGGAUGUUUGAAGCCCAAGGCUAUGCAGAAGGAGUUGCAGAGCACGCGGAAACAAGCUUACAAGAAGCGGCACAAGUUCACGAGCAGACUCUAGUCGGAACCGACGACGAUGGCACGCCUGCUGAUGUGGCAGAUGAUAUGGAGAGUUCCAUCACAAGUGAUACUGAACAUGUACAAGCAGCAAGGAUGUCCACGUCACCUGGAAGCCCAAGAUCCCAGUUGACGAGUCCGUCUCUCCCAAGCGACACUGGAGGCGGCGGACUGGACGCAGAACGUGAAGACGGACGCCUCCCGGAAGGAUAUGUUGAUGACAACGAGGAUGCAGCGUCGUUGCUGAUGCAUCACACGGGAGUCCUUGGGUCGGGCACUGCAGAUCCGGCUUCGCAGUCGACAAGCCAGCAAGAUUCCGCACCAUGCAAAUCAGUUCAACUAGAUAAAGAGGAGAAAGAAGAUGUGAAGGAGACAAGCGUAAGCCCCAGUGGCGGUGAACGUGACACAGCAAUGCACGUCGACGAGCAUGAUGGUGACGCAGCGAGUGCCGAAGAACAUUUCGACAUUUCAGAGGACUUGAUUCUUGAGGCAUUGCUGGCUAUGGACGAAGACGGCGCUGGUGCAUACGAUGCAGGGGCAUCGGAUGAUGCCGAACUUUCAAUCGAAGGCUGGUUUCCAGAGGAGAUUUUGUCGAUGCUCGACGAUCACGAAAAUGAAGGUGGUGAUGAAGAUCCUGAAAGCGAGAAUGCAUGAGGAUGAGGCCAGAAGGAGCGAAGCACCAUGCGGCAGAUUUUGGGUGAACCUGUGUGGGCCCACACGUCCCGUGAAGCUUGAACUGCGCGCCUACUGACUCUAAGGCUUUCUUCACUCCGCAACACUAUGAACUGAUCCGUCUCGGUUGGUUGUUGUUAGAGAGUCUGGGAUGGAAGGGACACGGUCAAGGUGUGAGAUGGAAUUAGGAAGAAGACAGGGAAAGCGUAGAGACCGGAGCCUCACGUCUGUAGUAUAGACCACCGUGAUUGUCAGGUUCCUGGAUGUUCCGUUCUUCGGCGCAGCCCCAUGGGGGUCUUGAGUGUCUCGUUGCCUUUAGUCGGUCUGGUUCAUCCUUCAGUUAGCUCUCGCUUUAUUCCUCGUCGCUGGUCGUUUCACAAGCAGACUCGAGACGCUCGACGCCCUGCUAGCACUGCCGUUAACACGGCAUCAUUCUGAUUGCCUUCUCGUUGCAAGAGAUAAAACCAUCUAAUUAUGCGUGUAUAUAUCUCUUUAUAUGGAGAGGCAGGUAAACGCGUUUCGCUGCGAGCCACAUGAGUCACCUAGCGCAUUGAGCUGUGUCCACAACCAAUUCAGAUAACUCUUCUGUUGUGCCGAGGGAAUGUCUGAAAACAACAACAGCAAAGAUGCUGGCAACAAUAUGAAGAAUCUGUGAGUUGUGACGGUCGUACAUGGCAGCCCAUGUAUCACAGGGCGGACGAAUCUCCACUGGGAUAGAUUCGAAGUCAGAGGUAGUCUGCUAACGUAUCCGGAUUUUCAGUCUGCGAUUACUCUGUUUCAUUACCACAAAUAACACGUUGAUCACGUCACGCCAGUACACUGGCGACGACACUGCUGCUCGGCCUCUGCGCGAACGCUGAAGAAGUGGCUUAUAGGCGAGCGACUCAGUGAGUCAUCUACGCUAACGCUGUUCUUCGGUGAAUGCCAGUGAUGUUUCCCGAUGACGUGAAUUUAUCUAUUGCCCUUUUUGCCUCUGUACACGUCAUCAGGGUUGAUGUUGCCCAGUACAGGUUCUCUGCGAAUGGGUGAGCCACAAGAAUGCCGACGUAGAGUGAGGUGAAUAUUUGUUGUAUGAUCUGGAGAGCUGUGACUUCAGAAUGCCGUGUCUCGUCAACUGUGUGACAGGCAGUCUUGUUUUUCACAGUCGUGGCUCACAUUCGGUGCCUCUAAAAGUGGUGGCGACGCAACCUCUGGUUCUGGACAGAUUACAUGUUUCGGCCGGUCUAGUUGUUGGCGA